AUGGCGGUGAAGGAGCAACGGGGUCUGUCGAAGAAAAGGAAGCGCGGUGGAGGGUCGACGGGUGGCAGGGGAAGAGGGGAGAAGCCGUCCGACCCGAAGAAGCAGAAGUACAUCCCCUCCGGUUCCUCGAAAUCUCCACAGGCCAAGGGUUUUAAGAAGUCCGCACCAAAUUCGAAGCCGAAGCCGUCCCAGGCUAAGGACUCGAAGAGAGCGCCGCCGAAGUUUGGUAAAUCUGACGCUUCUGUUGGGGAUAAGGCCGAGGUCCUCUCCAAGAGAGACAGUCGCUUAGUCGCUAAGGUUUUUAACUCUGUCUGCUCUUUUUUUUUCCCAUUUCAUUGCGUAGAAGUUGAGGUGGGGACCUCAAAGACCUUAUUUUUUGUACUAAUUUUGAAACGAGGAGUCCGUCUGCACAGCGUACAGUCUAGGCGGGCCUCCGAUUGCUUAUGUGAUUCGACACUUGCAAGCAUGUGUAAAGAGACCCUAAUGCUCUUUUUUUUCCUUUUGAAGGAAUUGGCAGAGGCGAGGAAGAAGAAGAGAAAGCUGCAUUAUACUCUUCAACAAGUAAGGCCGAUUACCGUGCAACAUGCUGGCAGGAAAUAGUUAGACGUGAUGUUGGCUAAGAAUUUUGAUAGUAGAGGAAAUUUCCACCCUUGAAACAUGCAAUAUAAUUUUCUAACUUUUGAUUUCAAAGUGAACAAACUUAUUGUUACUUUUAUUACGGGCUACCGGCUUUUAUCUUUCCGCGCAGCACAAUUGUGUAUGGUGAUGCAAAUUCUAUUGGAGCUGAAAAUUGUUAUUUUCACAAUGGCAGAGUCCAUGUCCUGCUCUGUCAUGUUCUGUACACAUCAUUUGAUAACAGAAAAAAUGCCAUUUAUUGCUCCUCCCGACAUUCUUAUUGUUUCUUGUUUUAUCGUAAUGCAUCCCUUGCUUUGUAAAAAAAUGCUGUGUUAUCGUUCAAAAUGUAAUGGAAUACUAACCCUUUAAUGUUAGGAGCUUGCUUUACUAUGGGAAAAAAUGAGGCGUCGUAAUAUCGCCAAGGAUGACAGAUCCAAGUAUGUGUCUUCCCCUUAUAUAUGUAUAUUUGGGAUUUUUUCCUUGUAUUCUGACACUUCAGCAUCUCUUCAGGGUAGUAAGUGAAGCUUUGCGGAAGAUGGCUGGGAAGAUUGCUGAAAUUGCUAGCUCUCAUGUUUCAUCACGUGUUCUUCAAGUAAUCUCUGCCUGUCCAGAGUCAUUGCCUUCCCCUUUCCUCCUUUCGCUUUCAUAAGAUUUUGUACUUUAAGGGAGACUCGAUGCCAAAUAUCAGACUAGGUGCCUUUUUUAUCCUUUCUGAAAAAACAAUACCAGAGUCUGGGAUACUGUUGUAGUUCAGCAUGAGUGCGAGGUAGUUGUGAAUCGUUGCUUAAGUUUGCAUUCUCUAUGUGAAUAUUCUACUUUGAUAUAUUUUAUUUUGUAAAAUAAUUUCCUUCAAUUUCAUGCCCAGCUGAUAAUCACGAGCGAAAAAAAUUCAACUCUGUGUCAAUCACUGUGGAUCUUUUCAUGAUGAUAUAUUUUCUUAUAAUGUGGCUCUAUGCCUUUGACAGACAUGCAUCAAAUACUGUUCUCAAGCAGAAAGGGAAGCUGUUUUUCUAGAGCUUCAACCACAUCUUCUUGCUCUCUCCCGUAAUGUUUAUGGAGUUCAUCUUGUGAAGAAAAUGCUGGACAGUGGUAUGCUUUUGCUUCGAAAAAGAAUGUCUAUUUACCCAUAAUUUUGUGAAUUUUGACGUAUUCAUUCUUCACAGCCACGAAGAAACAACUGGAUGGCUUCAUCUCCUCUCUUCAUGGGAAGGUCGCUUCUCUCCUUCGGCACAUGGUUGGAUCUGUCGGUAUGUGAAAAUUGUGUAAAAAAGUCGUUUCCUUCCUGAAAAUGACCGAAAAAAUAUCUGCUGUUUUCCCUUUUCCCCAUUAAAUGAAAGAUGAAUGGACGAUUUCCCGAGUGGGAGGUCGACAAGCUAUUAGUUUCUUUAAGGAAUAACUCACAUAGGCUUUCAUAUGAACAAAAAGUUAUACUGCCCUCAAAUUGAUGAUGUGGAAUCAUCACGAACAAGCUUCACAAGUGCAUGGACUUAUUGUUGUCGGUCUCUCUUCCUUCUAUUCCUCACUUUGGGGUUGCUGCUGCAUUGCCUGUUGAGCAUCUCUCUUCCAAGUCUUACCGUUGUUUGGUUGCAGCUAUAGAGGGAAAUGAAGAGUACUUUAAAAGUUGUAAAGUUUCGUAUGGAUUUUUAUCAUAAUAACUGUAAUUCACGUUAAGGAUAUAUUAUGGACAUAUUAAUGUCAUAGUAUUUGUGCAAAGAUCCUGUUCAUUAUUCUUACCCCAACCCAGCAACUUGACCUAAUCUUCAGAACCAAGUUUUGAUGUCUGCAUAGUAUGGGUGCAGGUUUCUUGUGUCUUCUUCUCUGCGUAGUUUGUUUGUCACGAAUUAGUUUUCUUGUUAAAAUUUGGUGUACGAUUAUCAUGGAUGGACCAUCUUAAAAGUUAUGCUCCUUAUUUUCACUUAAAUUGCCGAUUUGGUGCCAGAUACAACAUUGGAGGUGCCCAGUGUUCUGUCAUCCUCAUAUAGAAUCUAUCAUUUCCAACUUAUGUGAUUUAUCUAGCAGGCAAAGUUGUUAGAAAGUUGGUUGACACGAAAUGCCUCUCAUAAGAAGAAAAAUGCAUGAAGAAUGUGUUUUCUCCUGAAAGAAUUAUCAAGGUAGACGAGGGGGGCAUAAGAUAAAAUAAGACCACAAAAUUGAAAUCUGAAUUAUAGUAAUCAAGGAAGAUGAUUGAGUAAGGUUUAUUAGUAGUUACCAAACCUUUGACAAGAAACCCUGCAUCGAUUUUUAGUUCCUCAAUUAUCUUCUACUCAUUCAGUCAUGGCUAAUCAGUCAAAAACGGAAAGGUGUGUAUCAAAAGGAAGUUAAUGGCAAUACAGUACGACAUCUACUGCCUCCCACGUCAAUCCAUCCUCAAUUUUAUUUUGUUGCUAGCAUCAGUAUUUCUGCAUCCUGCUGGAUGACAAAGUCUAACCAAGAAAACAAGUUGCCAAAGCAAUCACAUAUAGCAAUAUCUUCAUUUUAUGUAACUAUUCGAACCUGAAUUGAUAUGUAUCAUGAUUUUUUGUCGUUGAACUAUCAGUGUAGAUUGAAGAAUAUAGGUAGAGGAUGAGUAGAAACAGUAGUAGCAUAAUUACAUGUGUUGUUUUGGAUCACAUUCUAAAUGCCUAUUUUAUUCCUUCAGUUAUUGAACACGUUUUUCAAUUGGGAAACGCAUCUCAAAAGCAGAGUCUUUUGUCAGAGUUGUAUUCGGCUGAGCUUCAGUUAUUUAGGGAUUUGACCUUGUCCAAUGGAGGCAGGUGAGAUAGCCAUUAUUUGUAACCUUAAAAUGCUUUCUUAUUUUAGUCUGCGCUCACACGUCUUCUAAUUGUUUGAUGUUUGUGAAGUUGUGAUGGUGUUUGUGGAACUGCUAGAAUUUUAUCCCUGAAUUUGUUUGUCUGCUUCUGCGCUGGUCCAUCCAGCAUGAGUUCUUGUUUUGUCAUAUGAGGGUAGCUAGCUUCCCUGUCCUCAGAUAUGCUCACUAUGUUGUUUUUUAUUUUCUUGUUUUUCCCCCCUUGGGGGAGAUUCAAUCCAAAAAUUCAUCCAUCCUAAAUUUUAUCAUAUAUAUUGACUAGAGGUUUUAUCUCAAUGAUAUCAUUGUUCAUAUAAUAUAGAUAUACCGGCAUUUUAUUGUUUCUGAAAACUUUUAUACCAUUAGCAUGAUCAGCGCUAGGCUUUGUGGGGUAUGGGGAAUGGCUUUUUUUUAAUCAUAAAAUUCCCUCCUCUACUGUAUAAAGACAUGGAAAGAGAGGAAUAUGCAAUUACAUAAACAGUCAGCUCUCCUUGUGUGUUCACAGUCAGUCACGAUGGUAUAGAUCUUUCUAAGGCCUCAACAUCCUUAAGAUCAAGUAAUAAACACAUUAUUUUGUGGAUUGAUACAUCGAACAAACUUGCUUGAUGAGACUGCUAAUGGACCAACUUGUUGGGCCAUCAAUAAACUCACACCAUGUCAAAUGGAUUUUUUUGUGGACGUAUGAGGAAAACCUAUGUUAUUGCUCCUCUCGUUCUCACUUCAGCUGGUUUCCCCAUCAUAUCUCGUCCUAAAGACAGUUCCUAAUGUCUUGCCUUUUCUGGUUGGCUCAUAUCAUAGAUUUAUGGUGUUGCCAAGUAGUAGAAUGAACUCCUCAGCCAUUCAGGCUGCGUAGGCAAGGGUAGUCUUGAAUGUGCUAACGCAUUUUCGAAUGUCUGAAUGGUGAGAUGUGAAUGUCUUUGUCAAACGCAAAGCUUUCCGCAACAUUAGCGACACCUCUUAUGAAGGAGAAGAAUGAGCAUGAGUAUUGGGUGAUGCACUUAUGAAUUUAAAUAGUGAGUUAAAUGCCUAAAAACGUUCAGUGUUCAAAGGCAGUGGGGUGUUGUGAAGAGGCACGAGUCGUCCCUCUGUCAGAAAUUCAAAUCUUGCAAACAUCACGACCAAAUCUGUCAGAAAUUCAAUUUGGUUUAUUUGAGUAUUUACCUUAGUAAUGGUUUUUUUUUUUAUUUCUCGAGAUUGUGUGAUUUUAGUAUUGUGUGCAUAUUCUUCAUCUUAUUAAUCACAUGUUCAUAAUAAUUAAUCUUUAGAUAAUUCUUAAAUGCAUUUAAAAACGCGUCACCUCGGCAGAAAGGAGACAGACCAUUGCCUUGAUUAGUUCACACAAACAUUGACGGGUUAGAGCAUCAUUUUUAUAAUCAGAAUGGUUCCAUUGACAAUUUGGGUUUCUGUUUACAUUUUUUUUUUCUGAAAACAUAUAUGGAUGUAUAUUUCUAAAUUCCUUCUCAACUCCCCAAGGUUCUCCCAUCUCUUAUAACUUAGCUGUAGAGCCUGGUUUAAAUUGCAUCGGAAUCUAGUUGGCUAUUUCAACCUUUCUGAUAUCCAGUUGGCAUAAAUGAAUUCCCUGUGGUGGACUGCCCACUUGGUCCCGGGAAAGGAUAAAAGAAGCAUAAGACUGAACUUCUUCCCGCGUAGAAAAAGGGAAGCCUUCAUUUUUCGGAGUGGGUGGGUGUGGGGGUUUAAUUCUUCCUCAUUGAAAAAUCAUCAUCUGGAUCGAUUUUAGGAGGCAUAACCAGAGUGAUGCCCGAUUCCAACAAUGAACGAGGUAAAGAUAUUUUUGCCAUAUCUUCAUCUUUCUUGAAAUCAAGUGAGAUCUAAAUUUACAUUUUAGUUUUCAAAAUGCAAUAUAUUUGCAUGCAAAGCCACCAGGAUCCAAGUCAGCAGUUAUUGGAAAUACUCUGAGAAAUCUUCCUUGUGCAGACAUUUGAGGUGAACUCAUAAUCCUGUACUUGAGCGUUCACAGCAAUUGACAUUUAAUCAGGGACCAUCUAUUAUAGCAUGUUCCCCUGUGCUUCUGCCAUCUGUAUUGGUUUCUUAUGGAAUAAUCACGGUAUGGCUUUAAGCAUCAUGUUCUGAAGCCUCUGUAUGCAGAACAUGAACUUUUUAAUUGUUUCUUCAUGGAAAUAUACCAAAUACUUGAAAAUGAUUUUGGGCUUAAAAAGAUUUGUCAUCCCCAGGUUUUGAUAUAUUUUUAUCAUGACGAAGUCCUGUAAAGAAACACUAUGCAAAAUACGUCACUUGGUAUCUACCAUUCGUCUGGCUGCUGCUACAGAGUUAACGUAUUCUGAAGCAAAUUGAUAGGUUCCCCAACAGGGUCCUACCAGGGACAGCAACUAGAUAGCACAGUCGAGAUAAUAGAGAUGAACGAAAUAAGCCCACUGAGAUAAACAAGGGAUAAGAACAGAGAAGGGAAGAGGGUUUCCUUCAGAAACCCUAAAACAGUUCGGGACGAAUUCAAGAGCGUCCCACUCUCCCACCGACUUCCUCUCAAAGGUGCCUUACCGUGAGCCCUUACAGGUUCAUGUAUCCUAACUCCUGAAAUGGGCUUCAGGCCCAUUUCCCCUUAGUCCUUCCUUACCUCCUUCGUCCUCUUACGGUGGUAAGUAAGCCCAAAACGGGUUGGGUCCGUGGGUCCUUGCUUAGGCCCAGUAACUGGCCUGAUUUGAGCACUAGGACGGGGCUUAACACAAAUAUUGCAAUAAUUUUGGUUUCUAGGCUCAAUUAUUCCGGUUUGGUUUGUUUGAUCUCUUUGUAACGGUUAUGAUUGAGCUGCCACUGGUGUGAUGUGACAUAUUUGAUUAUUUUUGUUGUCUUUGGUUAUUGAAAAUUACGGUAUUUCCUUCUGUUGAAAUUUUAAGUUUUCCUCAUGAUUUUCUGUGUACGGUUUUUUGUCUUGUUUGGAUUUUGAGGAGUCCUUAUUGUUGUUUUAUUUUUAUAAAUUUUGAUGAUGAUAAAUUGGAGACCUAAAAAUAGAUUUUCAUGUUUGUUUAAACAGGUUACUUGAUAUAAUUUCUAAACUUGGCCUGCAAAAAUCGUCGGUAUUACAACACAUGAGUUCUGUAAUUCAGCCAAUUUUGGAGAAAGGAAUCGUUGACCAUUCAAUAAUACACACUGUAUUGAUUGAGUACCUCACCAUUGCCGACAAGGUAAUUGAUGCUUCACAGGUUUGACUGUAUUCAUCAUUUGCCAACAGCUCGCUGUUUUGUCUGAUUCAUGUUCUCCAAAAGUCAUCUGCAGUAGAUGUCAUCCGACAGUUGUCAAGCUCACUGCUUGUUCGAAUGAUUCAUACAAAAGAUGGUUCAAAGCUCGGAAUAUUGUGCGUUAAGCAUGGGGAUGCUAAGGUAGGUAACGCUGACUUGAGAAAGCCUCUGUUUUACCUUGGCGGAUACUUGCCAGUUGAUUUUUCUUAUGAGUGAUAAAACCAGCUUCCCCAGAAAUGAUGCAUUCUAACAUGUUUUAAUAUGAGCACACAAAACGACUUAAUUGAUGGUAAGGGGCCUUUAGAACAAAAUCCAAAAUUCUUAAAUGAUUCAUUCAAAUCAGGUAUUUAGAGUAUAGAAAUAUUUAAAUUAUCGCUUAGAAUAUAAUUCAACAGUUUUUCUUCAAUAUCUCUACAGAAGAAUAUCCAUGCUUAAGUUUCUUUCUGCUGUAGUUUGGUUCAUUCAAAGAUAUUAACAACGUGUUUAUACCUUUAACUUUUGAUUCUUUUGAAUUUUCAUAAAAUAUGUUAGGUAAAAAAUGAGACUAAACAGGAUAACAUAAUUUUGCUAUGAUCAGUCAUAUCAAUGGCUGAUCUCGUGGCAUGAGUGGAGAUACUCUAUCUGGAUUUCCUUUGAGGUGAAGACAUUCAUGUUUCUUUGAACGGUGAAAUUUAAGGCUUUAUUGUGGAUGGCUAACAGGAUAAGAUAAUUUUUUUUAUUGUUGGUCAUAUGAAUGAUUAAUUACCUGAUGCCAGUGGCUACGCUGUCUGGAUUUCCUUUGAGAUGAAAAUGCUCAUAUUUCGUCAUUCUUUCCUUGAUCAUAAUCAUAUUCUCUACACAAACGCAUAUUUUAUUCCCAUGCAUUUGUUUCAUGGAUUGAUAAGCUAGCUGCCAGAGGUACAAACUUGAUCUCAGUUCUUAAUUAUUACUGGGAUCUGACUGGCACGGGCUUAUGUUGAAUGGAGGAAUGACCUUUGGAACGAUGCUAAAUCCCAGCUAGUGCGAUUUACCCGGUCUUAGAAAAUGUUCACCAAGUCAUUGAAUGAAAUGUUGUGUGAUUAUCAGACACGAAUAACACAGUCUUAUGCUAUGAGGGGCAACAUAUAGAUAAGAAAACACGGAAGCUAUGUGCUCAUAUUAAAACAUGCUAUCAUUUCAGAAAUCAGCUGUAUUCUAGAAUCAGGCAAGCGCAGGUCCUUACCGUUGAGACUUUGGAUCCAUAUGGAAAGGCCUUGACUUUUCAAUAAUUCUUCUGAAGACUUGUUUCUUCAGCACCAACAGUUUAGACAAUUAGAAUACGUUUUCUUGUGCUGCCUACAAAUAGAUAUGUAAAUGACAAAAGAGCUGGUCUUUCGGCGACUGUAUCUGCAUACCGAUGAAUAAGAUGAAUGAAGCAAGCUUGUGCAAGUAAUGAGUUGGGGAAAUCUGAUUUUAAUGUUCUUACACAGGAACAUGCAGAUGACAGUUUCUUGUUUCAGGAUCUGGUAUAUUAUCCAAUAUGAGGUUGUCAUUUGCUCGCAUUACAUGCUGUUAAAUGAAUUAUACGUUUCCUUGUCGUCUGAAGUUUGAAGUAUUGCAGUUAAGACAACAAUAUAAAUGAAACUUGUUGAUGAUGAGGCCUUAACUCUUUAUGAAUCCAAAGGCAAUGGUCACAUUUAAUUACAUCAAGAAACCAGUUUGAAGCAUGAUAUUACCCUUAUUUGAAAAAUGCUCUGUAUGUAGACCAAUGAGUGCAUUGCCAUAGGUAGCAUCAUUAUGGUCAUUCGUUUUGCUAGUCAUUUGACAUAUACCCUGCAAUAUUGACAGUGACAUUUUGCCUUGGAUUUUCUCUCCUCUCAGAGAUCGUUAUUGCUGAAGUUGAGAUCCAAGUAACUAAAAGCUCAAUUCAUUUUCAGGAACGAAAGAAGAUUAUCAAGGGCAUUAAAGAACAUGUUGGGAAAGUAGCUCAGGACCAAUAUGGCAGCUUAGUAAGUGCGCCUGCUUCAUAAAUUGUUUGGGAUUGUUCUGCACGACCCAAGUACAACCCUUUUACGAGUUCUAAAGCUCUGAUAAGGGUCACCUUUUGCUAGUGAAAAUUUCCCGUUUAAUUGAUUUUGGGUUGUUUUUGAAUUGACAUACAAGCUGAGUAACGUGUUUCCAUGUUAACCCUAUUGGCAGAUUGAUAUCUAUCCUGUUGUCAGUUGUACCACCAUUCACUAAUUGAUGUACAUACAUCUUUAGUUGUUCUGCAUGUUUGAGACUCGGGCCUGAGUUUUAAUAUUAUUUUAUAUGUGGUCUUGAAUUGCACGUAAAAACUUGGUGUCUGGGCAUUUAGUCAAGAUAUAACAAUCAACACUACUCUACUUCAGUUGUUCAUGUGUCUGGUGUUAUCAGGAAGCAUGUGAAGCUAAACAAGCUUUCCUUGAAAAAUCACUGCUUUCAAUCUAUCUUUAAUAUUUUUAAUUGUUUCUCUGUUAUCGUCACUAUUGCUCCCGUGCUUUAUUUUUUUAAGGAUAAGUAGUUAGAGAAUCUUGUUAUAACCACUUCCUAAGUUCUGCUUAACAUAAGUAGAUUUGAAGUGUAUAUUCAGUUGGAAUAUCUGACGUCUGAUAAUGCUGUGGUUGGGUUCUUUAUAAGAACAUAUGGACAUCGAAUGCAUAGCAUCCUACUGACAUGUCCUUGGAAAAAAUACCCGUGCGGAUAAUUCACAUUUGAAGCCAUGUCUGGGAUGCUUAUUAGGAGCAGACAUGUCGGUUGCACUUAUACGUUCGUAACUGUUUGUAACUGAGAAUUCUCCUUUAUUCAGUCCGAUACGAAAUCAUGGUGUAGGAUCAGUCUAGUUAGCCUACAUUGAUCGUAUUAUGACUAAGAUCCAAUGUUAUCAUUUUUCUGGUAUGUGAAGAACACUUCAUCAAUUUGACCUGAUUUUAGUUGUGUUCCUGACUCAACUUCUCAGUGAGAUCCUACUUUCUUGGGAUUGGGCAAAAGUUGCAAUCCAUUACUUAUAUAGAGGGGAUGUCAUGUGGAGAGGAACACGAUUUUCCACAGGAAAACUUCCACCAUCCCUUGGAAAAGGGGGCGAAUUGUGUUACGGAGAACCAAAAAUUCGCAAAAAAUAACCUGAUGGGAAUUGUACUCCAGCUUGUAUGUCAUUCUGAUUUUAUUUUUUUGUAGGCCUUCAUCCCAUCAAUUCGACUGAUCCCUGAUCUGCUAUGUUGGAAACUGGCACCAUCUUCUGAUAUGAUGUCGAAAGAUAGGGUGCCGCACAGCCCAUCUUAUGCCGUUUGAAAUCAGAUUUCCACUGGCCUGACGGUUUUGUUGAUGGCUUCUAGGAGACAACAUCUCUGAUGCUGCAAACUUGACCAUUUUUGUUACAAACUUUCCUCCUUUCACUCACGGAAGCACAAGGCUGUAUAUUGUUGAAACAAGGCCGAUAGAAUCUUAAUGCUUAAACAUGCUGUACAAGUGACAUUUGCGUUUUACAGUUUUCCGAUUAUCCUGGCUAAGGUUUAGCAAUAUACCUCGCAUCUCCUUUUAAGUUUUAUGAGCUCAACAUAAGGAAUACUAUUUUAUUGGUCAUCUUCGUCAGGAGUGUCUCAAUUGUGAAUGGUGAAUAAUCAGACUCUAACAAACUGCUGUCACCAAAACCUAAUGAUUAGAGGCUCACACAAAAUAUCUGACAGAGUUUCCCUCUCACUUUCCAUUUCGUGAUGAUUUGUCCACCGUUGUCUUGUGAAGAGAGAAUUGAGACAGCAUAUUUUGCAGAAUGGUGAAUUCCUCGAGCUGUCUUGUAAGAUUUUAUCUAAAAAGAAUGACCAAUACUGACCGUUUGAUUGUGACAUAAUUUGGUGUGUUCUGCACUCCUGAUAUACUUCCUAAUUCUAAUCAAUUUAUUAUUUAUUUAUCUUUAUGUUGCCAAAGCCUUUUGGAAAUCCACUGGCCUGAUGCAUGUAUAACUUCGUGUAAGAAUGCUCCAUUUACGUUAUUUUCCCCGCAAUAUAGACCCAGCAUAUCUACCUUGUAUCCAUAGCCAUUUACUUGGGAAGACUUUAUCGUUCAUAUCAGUUGUUACCAAAUCCACUUCUGUUUUCCUGCUGCCAAUUCUGCCCCAGAUCUAGACAGGUAUUUUUUUUUCUCUUCAUUAAAUUUUCUGAUUACCAGAAAAAGGAAAUUCGAAUAGCUUCAAUUCCAUACCAACUUCUGGAGGUCAGAACGUAGAUGAUAGAAAAUAGCAAUUGGCACUGCAGACAUGGGGAGGCCAUCUUCGUGAUGAGAGGGUUUAUGCUUUCCAGUGCCCUUAAGAGUUGGGUCCAUAAUGAAAUGACCAAUUGGUGAUAUUUAUCUAGCCUUAAACUCCUAGGGCUCUUGAAAGAGGCCACAUUUUCUCACUUGAUGAUGACUAUAUAUCGUCGAGAUGCACGUGAUUAUCCAAUCCAUUUGAGUUUUAUUUAAAAACCAUUAUGUAUAGAUUCCUAAUAAAACUACAUCUGAUCAUUUAUAAAAGUAUUAUUAAAGUCCAGUUUCAGGACAGCACUUUCCUUUGUUUGCACUUUCAAUAGUGAAUGGUUCAGUGCGCUGCCAUAUGGUUAUCUUAAUGUUCUGUAUCUAAAUGGCUCUAACCAUGUUUUAAUGCAUGUGAUGUAAAGGCGAAGAGCUUUCAUUGACUCACCUUUAUGCCUUCUAAAGAUGACUGUGACAUUGAAAAGUUUCAGAUGUAUCUUUUUCUCCUGAAUUCACUGGCAUUGAUUUCAAAAUUGAUAGCAUCUGUACCACUGGAAGGUUGGCCCUGUUUUUGGGCUCAGGGAAUGUUAAAUGGCCAGCUAACAUGGAGAAAAGUAGGAAAGGCCGGCAUUGCCAAUAUCAGUAUAGUAUAACAGAAGAAAUCACGUAAAUGGAUACCAUUUAUGCCAAGAUUUCAGUUUCAUUAAGAUAGGAACUGUUCAUCAUUCACUAUUGUCGAUUAGUUUAUUCUUUUGGGUAAAAGCUUUUUAUGAUUUACUUGUCUCAGCUAUGCAGUCCAUACUGUCUUGUGUGCUUUUUUGUCUGGCAUCUUAUUUUGGUUUAUUUUGUUUUCAGGUCCUUACUUGCAUUCUUUCUGUAGUUGAUGAUACAAAGCUUCUAACGAAGGUUAGUCAUGCUCGUCGGUUUUGGCUUUUCUCAUGAUGAUUUAACCUUCUAGGUCAAUUAUCUUUCUUUGAAAAGAAAUUAAUAAUAAUUUAGCAUCUCUGAUAUCAGGUCAUCAUACGUGAGCUGCAGAAAAUACUAAAAGAACUUAUUUUUGAUAAGGUACAUUCCUUUCAGGGAAUGCCUGAAGCUUUAUUGCAUUUGACUUAUCAAACUUUCUUAUUGAAUUCCAUCAAUGACGGUAAACUUGUGUUUGGUUGAUUUGAUAGACUGGCAGACGGCCAAUAUUGCAAUUACUCCAUCCACAGUGCCCACGUUAUCUGAGUCCAGAUGAUCUGGCGUCUUUGAGUUUAUCUGUACCUUCUCUGUGUUCAAAGGCAAUUCUCGAACUUUGCUUUAUGAACUUACUGGGGGGGUCUGUGGGUGACGUUCCAAAUAAUUACUUUCUCCUUUCCAGGGUAAAGAAUCAGAAGAAGUGGAUACAGGUUCAGGUGAGCAUGCUGAGACGCCAGAGAAUCCUGAGGAUGAUUCUGAAAAUAACCUGCAGCUAGCUGAGGGUGGUGGGAAAAAGGAUGAUGCCCUGCGAAGAUAUCAGCUCCUUGUUGACAGUGGUCUUGCUGAGGUAUUCAAUAAUACCAUAGUUCUGAAUGAUAUUAUGUGAUUAAGUCGUUGUAACCCAGUUUUUUCUUUGAUAAUUCCUUCCGCUGAGGUGGUUAAUGUUCAUCAGUAGUCAAUCUCACUCCUGAUCCGGAGAACUAUAUCAAAAAGUAACUCUAGAUGAACACGAACUAAGAGAGAGUGUGAUAGUGCAAUUGAUUAUGAUUUUUUUAUUUUUUUUUUCAGAGCCUCAUUGUAACAUGCACCGAGUGUGCUGGCGAGCUACUUCGGUCAAAUUUUGGCAGAGAGGUCAUCUAUGAGGUAAGACCCCCCCUUCUUGAAUAUGAUAUAGGAGGUAUAAUUGGAUUUAUAUUCUUCAAAAAUAAUUCAUUCUUCUCCAAUGAAGUAUCUCUGCAUAUCUUCUAUUUAGUUUUUUUUUUACUGUAUUAUUCCUAUCAUUGUUUUUUAUCUGAAAUGUCUACAUCAACGUUUAAUGAUCUAAUGGGUAUAUCCCGGCGUUAAAAGUCUCCUUGAAACAGCAAGUUCCAAUGAUGAUACUAUUUUUCAUCUAUCAUUGUGCCUGAACUCAUCUCAUUAAAGACUGAAAGCACUGGACACUAGAGCAGAUACUCAUCCCUCCAUCCCACAUUGAUUGUUAACAAUGAUGAUACUAUCCUUCAUGCCAGAGCCGAGAUGCCACGUGUCGUCUGUGUGUUCUUGCCUCUUCUAUCUCCCAGAGUCUCACUCUUCCUGUCAGAUGAUCAUUCUGGAUCUAAGGCACUAGCCUCCUCCCAGUUUUCUCCUCCCUUGAAAUUAAUUGAUAGUAUUCGUCUGGGCUGAUGUCCCAAAUCGUGGUCUUUCCAAAAUAAGGACCUCUGCCCAUUACCCAGGGUUGUUGAGUUGACUCCAACAAGUUAAAGGAACUUGAAUUUGACGAGUAAAUAAACCGACCUAGGGAUACCGAAUUUAAGGUUUAAGCAUUAUGAUUAUGCUUCCACUAACCUAACCCUGCGUGUGAUCCUCUUUCCAUUACAAGCUUUGAGCAAAUAUCUGAGGGGAUUUCAUGCUCUCUCUCUCUCUCACUCUCACUCUCACUCUCACUCUCACUCUCUCUCUCACUCACUCUUACACAUAGAAGCAGAAUUUUGAAUAAUCUGUGAGAUUGAAUUUUCAGUCGUUCACUAGGGCGGCCAAAUGUGAAAGUGCCUCACAAAUCCUAUAAAAUUGACGUGCAUUAAGCCACAUACUGGAAGGGGGUUACCUUUUUUUUUCUCCAUCGAAGCUAUUUUUCGCAUUCUUUGCUGGUAGUCCUCCUCCACUAGAAAUCAGUAACAUGAAAAUAUUUAGAUUAAUUCUUUACAGACUCAUCUUCUCAUGAUUUUUUAGCACCACCUCUCACCUGCACACAUGCAUCUUAUGUUCACUAAGGUGUGAUGGGUGGUGACACCCUUGUAACGUCUGAAGCUAUGGAUGAAGAAACUAAUCCGUAGAUUUAUUUUUUCUGGAUGAAACUUGGAAAAUUAGAAAAUUCGAGACUCUUCUCUCACACAAGUAGACAUUUGUUAAUUUUGGGAUGAAAAAAAUAAAAUGAAAACUCAAUAAAAAUAAAUAAAAUAGAACAUUUUCGUUUACAGACUGAGAGAGUAAAACAAAAAUUCUUUACUCUCAGACCCCUGUAAGGUUUGAAGUUAUAGACUUGAAGUAAUCAAGUAUAAUAAUUUAUUUAUUUAUUUUUUAGAUACCAUUAGAACUUUAUUAGAUUCCUCAUCCCCUGAGCUUCUUGUGCAGGUGGUUACUGGUGGUAUUGACGGAGUUCUUCGCCAAAAAUUUCCCAACCAAUUGGAUGAUCUCCAAGGAGCCAUAGCAUCUCUCGGGGCUCUCCCAAAGAUGGAGGAACCCGAGCACCAUGUCUUCGAGAACUUCCACUCCAGCAGGACCAUAAGGAAGCUGAUCAUGGACUGCCCUGCCUUCGCCGCUUCUCUGUGGGAGGUGGCUCUGAAGGGAAAGGCGGCCACAUGGGCCCAAGGCCACAGGUUCGAGUCAACACCUCGCCACCCCAUUUGACCCAAAAACAGCCUCGCAUUGAUUAUUAUGGAAAUAAACCUCUGGUGAUUACAAAACUGGCCCGAUUCCUGUAACACACACUCAUGGGUUUCAUCUUCCUCUACAGUGCGAAGGUGGUUUCAGCCUUCUUGGAGUCGCCAGACGCCAAGGUGAGAGACUUGGCGAAGAGCGAGCUGCAGGGAUUGGUGGAGUCGGGUGCCCUCAAGAUCCCAAAAGGCAAGGACUCCAAGGCAGAAGACUAA